AUGGUGUCCGCCGCAGCAGCCGCGCGGCUACGAGUCCUGACGUCGCAACCAGGCAACAAGGUCUGCGUUGACUGCAGUCAGCGCAACCCGCAAUGGGCCUCCGUCUCCUACGGCAUCUUCAUGUGCCUCGAGUGCUCCGGUCGGCACCGCGGGCUGGGAGUGCACCUGAGUUUCGUGCGAUCCGUCACCAUGGAUUCCUGGUCCGAGAUCCAGCUGCGAAAAAUGGAGGUCGGCGGUAAUGACGCGCUGAAUUAUUUCUUCGCGCACAACGGCGUGCCUAAGGACACCGACAUCUCGAUUAAGUACAGCUCGCCCGUCGCCGAAGCGUAUCGCGGGAAGAUCCAGGCGGCGGCGGAGGGAACAGGCCCGCCGCCUAACGCGAACAUCGCGGGCGCAUCACCCGCUCGCGCUCCCCCUCCUGCUGCUGCUUCUGCAGGAGCUGGGGGGGCGUCGUCAGCAGGAGGGUUCGGAUCAAACGACAGCUGGGCAAACUGGGGGGAUGGCGAGAGCGGCGGAGUCGGAUCCGCGCAUUCCAGCCCCGCGAACGCGCACGCGACAGCGGCGGCCCAGGGGAACAUGCGCAGGCACCAGUCGGAAAACAGCAUGUAUGGAUCUGCCGGGGGGGGCGGCGCAGGGGCGCAGUGGGAGGGCGGAAGAGGCGGGGAGACCAGGCCCGGCGGCGGAGGUGGAGGGGGGAGUAAGCGGGGAGGAGCGAUGGGACAGCAUACAGGGUCAGCAUCGGACGUGUAUUCUAAAGAGCAGCUGGAGGCGUCGGCGGCGGACAAGGACAAUUUCUUUGCGCGCAAGCUGGCGGAGAAUUCGCGGCGGCCUGACGGGGUUCCGCCGAGCCAGGGCGGCAAGUACGUGGGAUUCGGGAGCACGCCGAGUCGCGCGCCGAGCAAGCCGAGCGCGGGAGAUGACGUGCUUGAGGACUCGAUCAAGGCGGUCUCGGAGGGCUUCCGAUCCAUCUCCAUGGUUGCCAUUGGCGCAGCCAGCUCUGCAGCGGCUGUGGUGCAAGAAAAGAUGCGCGAGGGCGGGUACGACCAGAAGGCCAAGGAGACGGCCACAGUGGUAGCAAGCCGCACUGCGGAGCUAAGCCAGAAGGCAUGGGGCUUCAUGCGCUCUGUCACUGAGAAGGCUGUGGAGGCUGUGGAAGGCGGGUUAGGAGGUGGCCUUGGGGGCCCAGGCAUUGGCGGCGGUGGAGGGUUUGGGGGAAUGGGCAGCAGCAGGGGCAUGGGUGGUGGUGGCAGGGGCGGUGGUGGCAGUUUUGAUGAUGGUGGUGACAAUGAUAUAAGUGGAGGAGGUAAAGGAGGACACAGGGAAAGUGGGUCAUCAGCACCAAAGCCUGCUGCAGUUCCUGUGAAGAAAUUCUCCAUCUCUGCUGCAGCCCCUGCGCCUGCCGCUAUACCAGUAUCAGGGCUUGUGCCCCCACCUGUGAAACCACCUGGCGCUGCAGCCCCCUCUGCUGCAUACGCAAAGCCCUCCCAAUCUUCCUUCGAGGCCUCGCUGAUUUCCUUUGACGAUGGACCGUCAGCUCCUUCAGCGGCACACACGGCUCCUAUGUCUUCUGCGGUGGACCCCUUAGCAGCUCUCAUGGGAGGCAGCGCUCCUGGUACGGGCAUGGGCAGUGGGUUUGGAGCAUCUGGAUCAGCUGCAGGUGGCGGUGCAGCGUGGAAUGGAUUUGAUGCCUUUUCCUCAGGUCCCCCUGCUGCUGCCGAUCCUUGGCAGGGGGCUGGAUUCCAGUCCGCCCCUCCUGCUGGAGUCUCGGCUUCAAAGCCGGCACAAGAUGAUGACUUUGAGUGGGGUGGGUUCCAGUAA